UAACUUUUGUCAAUUAGUUAUAUAUUAAACUAUGACACAAAAUAAGGAGCCUCAGUGUGACUCUGUGAACAGUGAAGCCAAUGCAUGCCGUAUUGCUGCUGUUGAAAGCUGCUUUGGCAGUUCAGGGGAGCCACUUGCAGUGUCUGGUCGUGUGUUAGUGGGAGAGGGAGUACUAACCAAGAUGUGUCGUAAAAAACCUAAACCACGUCAGUUUUUUCUCUUUAAUGACAUCUUGGUGUAUGGUAACAUAGUCAUCAACAAGAAAAAGUAUAACAAGCAACACAUUAUUCCACUGGAGGAAGUAAAGCUUGAAAACCUUGCUGAUGAUGGAGCAUUAAAGAAUGGCUGGUUCAUCAGAACACCAACCAAAUCUUUUGCUGUUUAUGCUGCCACAGCUACUGAAAAAUCAGAAUGGAUGGCUCAUAUUACUAAGUGCCUAGAAGAUUUAUUGAAAAAAACUGGAAAGAAGCAGUCUACUGAACAUGCAGCAGUGUGGGUUCCAGAUGGUGAUGCCACAACAUGUAUGCACUGUAGAAAGUCACAGUUCAGCAUGAUUAAUAGAAGGCAUCACUGUCGUAAAUGUGGAGCUGUUGUGUGUGGACCCUGCUCAAAUAAAAAGUUUCUAAUUCCGUCCCAAUCAGACAAACCUCUCCGAGUGUGUCUGGCUUGUUAUGACACCCUUUCCAAGAGUGCAGCUACAGUUGGUUCUGCUGACCUUUCACCAAUAUCACUGGAUAAGCCAGAGCUUCCUGAUUCCUCUGGUGAAGAUGAUUCUGAAGAAGAAGGGGAUGAUACUAAUCAGGAGAAAGGAACCAAUGGUGAUGGGAAGGCCACAGAUCUUGAGGUUUUGAGCACUGAUGAUAAGCCUACAUUCUAUAGAAACCAUUCAGAGAUUGAGACCUGUGACAAUUCUAACGAAACUGAAGAGAAGAGUAAGAACACGUCUAAUAAUGAUAGCAAUUCUGAUGCAACUAGUAAUAAUAAUAAUGUGGAAGUUUCUGAAAGUCAUAGCACUGAAUCGUCAUCUGUGAUCAAGUCAGACAGCACUUCGGUAGAACACUCCAGCAGCUCUUCUGUUACACAAAGUGUUAGCCAUGAAACCACGAGCUGUGUCUCCUCAUCUUGUCAAGAAUCUAAUGACAACACUUCUAGUGGAGGCUGUGAUGGAGGAAGCGUUGAAUGAUUAUGGUCAUAGUGGUACAUUUUAAAAGAGCAUCCUGGAUCCAGAAUGAAAAUUGAGUGUAAAGAACCUUUUCAGAGGGAUAAAGUUAAAUACCUAUAUAAUUACUAACGUAUAAAUAAAGAAAAUUUGUUUUCUGAGACACUUGUAAGAAUGUGUUUCACUUGAUGUGGUUUUCAUUUAUUGUAUCUCUUUCUAUAUCUUUUAAUUAUUACAGCUAAAAAUGGGUUUAAAUCUAUAAAUAUAUAAGUUGUGUAUAAUUUGUUUGUAGAAAAUUACCAUGGCAUUCAUAAAAAUAAUUGAUGAAAAAGUGAUAAAACUUUUAGUAUUUAGGAAUGGAAUGAGUGACAUUUUCAUAAUCAGGUUGGUGACAUGAUGAAGUACUGAUGACUAAUACAUGAAAAUCUUCUUAACUUGUAUCAUUAAAAAAUUAGAGAUAAUACAUAAUUAUGCAUAUUUUUUUAUUUUUACGUAGAGCUAAUGCUUAUAUUUUGUUAUACAUUUCAGGCUAUUUUUUAUCUCUUUCUCACUAUCCCAGUGUAGGUAUUCUGAAUAGAAAAGUAAUUUCAGCUUUUUAUGUGGUAAGAUACAAACAAAACCUGUUAAUAUUGUACCUUUUUUGGGUAUAUAUCACAUACAUAUUAUGAGAAAAUAAUGUAGGUAAGGUAAACGUUUAGUAAUUUGAAACGACUUGAAACCUGUAAGCGUCAACUGUAUAUCAAUUAGAAUAUCAAUAGAAACACCUUUUCAUAUUAUCACUCUUACUUUUUGUAUUAAUUUGGAUUAUGAAUCUUGAUGAAAGUCUGCAUAACUGGUUACACUGAUUUGUCAUGUGCCCUUUGAAGUUUGAGGAAAAUAUGAAAAUAAAUUGUAGUUCUGCCCUUUUUUUAAGUAUUUGAAGUCACAGACAGAAAAUUUACAAAACCAUGAAAAGAAAAAAUCUAGAAAUUUGGAUUGGUAGCUACUACUAUGGUAAUUCUUAUGAAAUUCUGUUAAAGGGUUUUGAGAUUGUUAUUUAAAUAAAAAUAAUAUAUAGGAGGCCAUGUAGCUUUGUCUUAUUUGUAAACUGUAAUAUUAUAGUAUAUAAUAUUAAUUGUUAUAGGUUAAGGCUAAAAAUAUCAUUAACACUGAGAGUACCUGACUGACAAAUCAAUGCAUUCUAAUCUAUACAAGUAGAAAUGUAAGAAAAGUUUAUUUAAUUAGCUGCAAUGAUAACAAGUUUUAGUUUAGCUCUAAGUAAAUAGGUUACUCUGACUGGAAAUUAUUAUUAUUAUUAGCUGCAAUGAUAACAAGUUUUAGUUUUGCUCUAAGUAAAUAGGUUACUCUGACUGGAAGUUAUUAUUAUUAUUAGCUGUAAUGAUAGCAAGUUUUAGUUUUGCUCUAAGUAAAUAGGUUACUCUGAUUGGAAGUUAUUAUUAUUAGCUGUAAUGAAGUAGUU